UGUAAACAAACAAAGGAGCCGCAGAGGUUGACUCACUCAUGAAAACUGUCAAGUGUAAACAAACGCAGUGUUGUAUAUGUCAUACGUGUUCAUUAUUUUGAUUGUAACUCAUUAAACGGAUCUUUAUGCUCUAUGUUGUGCUUCUAUAAAUGGUGUUUCGUAAAUAGUUAGUAGAUGAUGAGGUGUAACAAGUGGUAGAGGCCACCCGACAUGAAUUCGGACGUUCAUCGUCAUCAAGCGCAUCCACCGCUCUCACAGCACGGCGUUCACGGCGGUGGGCAGGCGGUGGGCCCUUGCGGCUGGUACUCGGCCUCGGCGGCGCCUGCACCCACUGCACCCGCGCGGCUCAAACGAGCGCAGCCGCCACAUCAUUUACCGACGGGAGGAGGUGUGAGUAGUAAUGGGCCACACGCGCCUCUCUCGCCCACCGCAUUGCAGAACUCUGUUCCGCACAAUAACGUGAUGUCGUCGUCGGUGCGCGCGCCCGCGCCAGCCGGUCCUGCGCCCUCCGUUAUGCACACCUCGCAAACCAACAGCUCGGUGGCACCUAAAGGCCCCAGUGAUGUUCUAGUGAACUCUUCAGCACAGAACCCUCCACCAGCUGGUAACAGACUCGCCAAUAUGACACAGUGGCAUUGGCACCAUGGCGCGAUCUCACGCGAGCGUGCAGAAGCUUUGCUGUCAGGUUCACCAGACGGUGUGUAUCUCGUGCGCGAGAGCACUAACUUCCCCGGCGACCACACACUCUGUGUGCGGUACCGCGGACAUGUGGAACAUUACAGAGUAAAAUGGGCGACAACGCCCGAUGGCCAAAACCGUCUCACUAUAGACGACGAAGAAUUCUUCGACCAUAUGACUGAUUUAAUACAUCACUAUCUCCAAGACGCGGACGGAUUAUGUACGAAGCUAGUGCGGUGCUUGCCCAAAGCAACACCCAACGGUGCUAACAAUAACGGCUCUCACCAACCCCCAUACCCUCCACACCCACAGCAACCGCCUCCCUACCCGCCGACGCCCAGCGUCACGAGCUCUCUGUCAUCAAGCCACUUCCAGCACACGUACGCAUCGCAACCGCAGCCCAGCACCGACCAAACCGAUUCCGCCGCGCAACACAAGUUCGUCGAUGCUCGCUGGAUAAUAGCGGAGCGUGACCUGGAGAUUCGGGAGAACAUCGGCAAAGGCGAGUUUGGCGACGUGAUGCUCGGCAUCCUCAAUGGCACGCAAAAGGUGGCUGUCAAAAUCCUCAAAGACCGGGAGGCGGCCAGCAAAUUCCGCGCCGAAGCUAGUGUCAUGGCCACGCUGAAGCACGACAACCUCGUACGCCUGCUGGGUCUGGUGUUCAGCUCGAACGGCAGCACGUGCAUCGUGACGGAGCACUGUGCGCAGGGCAGCUUGCUCGACUACCUGCGUUCCAGGGGGAGGCACUACGUCACGCAGCUCAACCAGAUCAACUUCGCCUACGACACCUGUUGCGGCAUGGAGUACCUCGAACGUCAGCGCGUGGUGCAUCGCGAUCUCGCUGCGCGGAACGUGCUAAUCUCAGCCGAGGGUACGGCUAAAGUGGCCGACUUCGGCCUGGCCCGCACUGACCAGUCUGCGGACGACCCCGCCGAUGCGCUCAGGGUGCAGGCGAAACUGCCUAUCAAGUGGACUGCCCCGGAGGCGCUAAAGUACAAUAAAUUCUCUAACAAGUCUGAUAUGUGGAGUUUCGGUAUCCUGCUUUGGGAAAUUUAUUCGUUCGGCAGAGUGCCAUAUCCUAGAAUUCCGCUGGCGGAGGUAGUGCGGCAUGUGGAGCGUGGGUACCGCAUGGAAGCACCGGAGGGCUGUCCUUUGGGGCCCUACGAAGUGAUGCGCGCCGCGUGGCACCAGGACCCCCAGCAGAGGCCCACCUUCGCUGCCACCAGAGUCCGCUUGGCCGCCAUGCGUGACGCCACGCCGCCACCGCCGCAAGGACAUCCGCAUCCGUGAGAUGAGGAUCGCCGUCUUAUGCUCAAAGGACGAAACAUCUCAGACUGUAAAUUUUACACAAAUGUAGGUGAAGUGCUGUGAAGGUUGCGAGGUUAUUUUAUAAUUAAUGUAAUGUAAGUAAUAAAUUAUUUUGAUAUAUUAAAGACACUUCCUCGCUUAAGAAAUAACUCUAAUAUAAAUAUAGUUAGCGUGUAAAAUCGGUGUGUUAGAGAGAAAUUAUGUCCGAUAUUAGUUUAAUUUGUGCUAUUCGGGGUUUAGCAGUUCGCCGACUGCUAGAAGCCGUGUGCUGAAAGGCCUAAAGUUAACGAAUUAUUAUUGCAUAUUAAAGAUUCAAGCCAUUAUGGGCGUGGCGAUUCGUACGUCGGUACUAUGGUACUGUCUAGUCAAAGUUCGUAAUAUUGUUUGUAUAUUAUUUUCACGUUUAUUAUAGCGAAAAGUGACUGAUGACUGUACAGGUGAAUACAAUGCACUCCGAAUAUUAAUGGAAUACAUGAAUGCACACGAGCAAUGUAAUUUAAUUUUUUUUUUCUUUAUAAACUGCUAAAUUGAGAGUUAACUCAAUGUUAUUCUGAGGCACAAAUUUUCCCCCCCAGCCUUAAGGGCGCGUUCCCAUUAUGUCGUGACGUCAGACAGUCGUUCAGUUUAAAAUGUCGUGGCUUGCAUAUUUAAAUGAAGUUGUUCACACAUAGAACAAUACGAUUAAGUGUCUUUCACGACUUUAUUGACGUUACGACGACAGACUGUCGUGAUAAUGGGAAGAGCUAGAACGACAAUCGUUCAACGAUAAAAUUAGCGUCCACGACACAGUCACGACAGAUAGUCGUGAUAUGGGAACAGGCUAGACGCGACGGUCGUCCAUCGAUAAUAAAACGUUGCGACAUAACAGGAACGCAUAUAUAAAUGAAUGUAUUUGUUUCAUUGAAACAUUCCUCCUGUAAAGCGAGGUUUACGUAUAGUUGCUUUUCAAGAAUAGUGACCCUAACAAGAUAAUUAUUUUUUAACUUCUUACAUCAAACACUUGUGUUCAGAAUAAUAAAUUUAAAAUCUUUCCAUUCGUACAAAUAAUGUAUUCUUCGCCUUUGCUAGAUUCGACUCUUUUUUUAAACCAUCUUCCUGAUGAAAUAGGUCUUUUUGAGAUAGGUCGCUAUUCUAAAAAGACAUCCAUAUCCAUAUUUGAUACUGAUGCAGGAGGAAAUUACUUACAUUCCCUCCGAUGACGUUCAGUGCAUUUUUAUCUAAUCAGUUUACAACGUGUCGGUUUGCACUUUAUAUAUUUUUUAACAUUGUGUUUAGUUAUAAAUAGGCGCGGAGGACAGAUCUGAUGGAUUGCUAAUUUAAGAAUCGCCUUAUAAUUUGUUAUUAUUGGCCACACGCCUUUUAUAAUGUUGAAAAUGUUUUGAAUUUACGUAUAUAUCAAUACUGAUAUGUACUACAUAGUAAAAAUACAUACAUACACAUACUAUGUACAUAGGAAUAUAGGAAUUCAUGAAAGUUCAUGUGAUAUUGAAAUAUGUGAUUGAAAUAUUUCCUAAAUUUAUGUAUGAUAAUUCGCAGUCCCAUUUAUUAAGCAUGACGAGACCAAAAUUAAGAAAACCAUAAACAACACCCUGUACAUAAUUAAAUGUGAACAAUGCAAACUCUAGCGGUAGCCUUUUCUCUCAAUCUGUUAAUAUGUAUAAGCGAGAUAGCAAGUGUUUCUCAGUCACAAGUCGCCUUAAAAAACCGUUUUUAUACAAAGUGAGGACUUUGUUCGUACUGUACAUAUAUAUAUUUUUCAUUAGGAGCAUAGAAAUUAAAAGCGAAUACUUGCACUGUAAACUUAUAAUGCACGCACAAUUUUGGAAUUAAAUAUUGCUCGUCACACAUAUAUUAUUUACCCUUAUCAUCUACAACGUCUGAUUCACGCCAGUUUUUUGUGCUAAUUCUACUAUACACGUGGCGUUCUUACAAUGGAACGACAGCCCACUAACAUUAUCAAUGAGAAACUAGAGGAAAGGAUGUUUGUUAUUCAAUCACUCCGAAGUGGUUCAAAGAAUGUAACUGAACAAUUAUUGUCCAAACAGGAAACAAAUAAUUAUAUAAUUUAUCUCCACUGUGAACACCAACGACGUGUUUAUUUCGGUUAAAUUAUAUUAUUUAUCUACAAUAACAUAUAAUUUAAUUUAAUAUCGGCAAGUUGUGAUAGUUUGUAUUUAUGAUACGCCAUUUAUACGGUUAUGUUUUAUGGUUUUUUUUCUUAAACCUAGUGAUGUCCCGCAAGCAAUAAGAUAAUACUGUUAUGUGAUUAAAUAAAUGAUGUAGUGUGGUUGUUAUAGUAGAAGUAUCCCCAGAAAUUAAGCAAAAGUGUAGCCAUUAUCGAAAAUUUAUACGAUAAAAAACAUUAAUAAAUGUAUAAUAUCAAAUCAAUAAUUGCAAACACCGUUCAUAAGAUUACUUACUUAUGUUAUUUACAAACAUAUGUUAAUUUUGCUGAAAAAAAUAUUAACAAAUUAUUCAAGUAACCACAAAAUUCUCAAAACAUGUAUUGGUAAAGUAAAAAUUUGAUUUGGCACAACUUGCACUCAUUGCAUACUGAUAAUGCACAUCAGUACGAGUGCGAUAGCCUUGUAUGCGUCUUAUUGUUUCUGUUCCUUCUGAUCUCAGGCGGGUAUGAAUACUACUAAAUCCCUAUACUAUAUUAGUAACUAGUACUAUACUAGUAUUAACGAUACUAAAUAAAGUGGGUGUGUCACGACUCUUAAAACUAUCUGUCAAAAAGGGAUGCAUCUUGGCACGACUAUAGUCGAUAGUUUAUAGUUAGAUUAGAAUUCCAUCGGAACUGUUCUCUGUAUAACAAAGAUACAAGUUGCAUUUGCCAACUUUCAGGUUGUGUGAUAAGUAGCGUUCCCGAACUUUAAAACAGAGUACAAUGGAAAUUAACUCGACAUUCUAUUAAAAUGUCCAGUUGGUUACCAUCGUUAUAUGUAUAUCGUCGUCGCCUAACUUUCUCAAACUCAUAUCUUAAAGAACAAAGUUUUGUAGACUGAUUUCACAUUACCUCCAUAUUUACACACUGGCUUUUACCUAUUCUUAAAGUAAUGCAUCCAAAUGAACACCCUUGAUAUUUAAAAUAAAUAGAAAGUUUUGCUAUCUCCUGAAUAAUCACUAUCUACGAUACGAGUUUGAGAAAGUAGGCAACAAUAUGCAUAUAAAGGGUUCUCAAGUGUAUAAAAAUUUAAUAUAGAAGAAAAUGUGUAUAUCGGCAUAACAAAAGUAAAUCCGAAUCUCACUUAGAAAUGUUAGACUUAAUGUUGUCUUAUAUACUGGAACGCACCCUAAAUAUAAUUAAAUUCAUUUAUUCGUUUUUAUUCUAAAAUGAAUGCGUUACAUUUUCUGUCCUAUUACACGAGCAUAGAAGGCAACAUUACGUUUAUUAGUCGAAUUCAAAGACUAAUCUUAUGAAAAGUAAUGUCCGUUCAUUUAUUCUUAUGCAAU